AUGGUGAGGUUUGUUGCCGACUCUCUUGAUGACAAAGAGGGUAAACGAACACGUGUCGCCAUUCCCAACUACCAUGGAAUCGUCAAAUAUGAGGUCGCAUAUGACCAAUCUGCAUCAGAAGAUAAUGACAACUCAGAUCCGCGAUGUAUCGGUUUAGACCAGAAUGGGAUAUGCCUCCUACCAACACAGAUUGUGGACAUUGACAAUUGCUGGCUGACGGUCAGCAAGACUGAUCUUGAAACGGCUUCAGGCGAGCUAGAGAUCACAGCUUACAAUCAAGCAAUGCUUACAGCAAUCACUUUAUCUGACAUGGGUCCAUUGACAAAACUUCUUGGUUUGGAAAAAUACAAUGGCCCAACGAACAUGAGGAUUGAAAACAAGUCACCAACUGGCUUCAGACUUGCAUGGGACCUGCCUGAAUCGGAGUCCUGUUUUGGAGCUGCAGACAUCGUAAUUAUCCUUACAGACAGGGACUCAAAUGGUGAAAUUGAACUGAAAUCGUUUGCAACUCCUACUACUGCUACCUACUUCGAUUUUCUCGGACUGAACCCUGAGGUGAAAUACAACUUAGGGCUUCAGUUAAAGGCCAAAGGCGGAACGGCUCAGGUAUUUGGGGAAGACCUGUCCGUUGUUACUCGUAUAUUGUUGAUGUGCGCUUUGGCUGUUGCCGUCCUCUUCGUCCUCACGCGCCGUGGAAUCAUCAACAUUCAACCGCAACAAAGAAUGGACGAGAUACGUCGAGCCGUCACGAAGCGUGUACGUCAAUCGAGAAUGUUUGCGACUGAUACUUCAAGUCAAUCAUAUAAGAACAGAACUAUGAUGUUAGAUUAUCUAAGUGAGUUGUACUUAUACGGGGGAAUGGACUUCAAUACAUCCAGCAAAGGCUACAUAAGUAGGAACCAUAUUACAUUUGACGUCCUCUUGAAGAGUGGACAUUUUGCAAACAUAUACCGAGCACGUUAUAAUGGACAAAACGUUGUGGCUAAAAGUCUGAAAGAAAACUUUACGACGGAUGACGAACUACUUAUGAAUGCGAAAAUAAAUUUCUCUUCCGACAGAGUUGGCGAUCAUCCGAACUUCAUCAAGUUUAUUGGAGCGGUCGUGGAUGAUGUAACAAUGGGUCCAAUGAUCAUCUAUGAGUUUCGUGAAAACAAAACUCUGAGAGACUACAUUGAGAAAAACAAAUCUAACAUGACCGUUGAGAUGCAAGAAAAUCUCUUCCGCUUUGGACUUGACAUCGCUAAAGGCAUGGACUACCUAACCACUAAAGGGGUGACACAUCGACGUCUCGCUGCUCGUAACAUCCUCCUGAAUCACCUCAAUGAGGUAAAAAUCGCAGGAUUUGGACCCCAAACGGCUGGUGAGGAGGACGGAAGAGACGCGGAAACAGGAAAGAAGGUACGAUUGAGAACUCCGUACACGGGUAAAAGUCGCAAUCUUCCCCAGUGCCUGAAGAGGGGCGAGCAUCUCGAGAAGCCAGGGAUUUGCGAUGAAACGACUCCGAUUCAGACAGGUCCUAUGCAAGUCUGA